AUGUCCCUACGUAUACUAGCGAGGAGAUCUUCUUCUAUCUGGAUGAAAACGCGCAUUACACCAGCAUUAAUCUCUCCUAUUACUAUCACAACCCGUUUCAAUUCUACGACUACGACAGCAUCAUCACAUAAGGACGAUGUCAAGCCAGUUGAUCCUAAAAUUUCUAAAAUCGUGCAGGACAUCUCCCAAUUGACUCUAUUGGAAACUUCUAGUUUGAUCAAUGAACUGAAAACAGUAUUGAACAUUCCAGAAAUUUCCAUGCCUCUGGGCGGAUUCAUGGCAGGUGCUGCAGGUGCAGGUGCUAGUAAUGUACCCGGCUCCACUGGUGAAGCUGGCACCGGUGCUGAAGAAGAAGCUAAGCCUGAGGCAAAGACCGUGUUUACUGUGAAAUUGGACUCGUUCGACACUAAGACUAAGGCAAAAGUCAUCAAGGAAGUCAAGGGAUUAUUGGGCCUUUCAUUAGUUGAAGCAAAGAAGUUCGUUGAGGCUGCACCAAAGGUUUUGAAGGAAAAUGUCGCCAAGGAUGAUGCUGAUAAGAUUAAGAAAACCCUGGAAGACUUAGGGGCUAAGGUCAGUUUAGAAUAA